AUGUACCAGUCCAGCCAACCUAAAGAGCCACUGAUCAGCCACGGAAUUCCUCAAAGACCAUGGGGAAAAAUUGGCUGUGACCUCUUCACACUGGGAAACCACGACUACUUAUGCACAGUUGACUACUACUCAGACUAUUUCGAGAUCGACCCACUCCCCGGUAGUAAAGACGGUACUACCAUCAUCAAGAAACUGAAAAAACACUACUCCAACCAUGGCAUACCAGACACCCUGCAGUCAGACAACGGACCUCCCUUCAACUCGCGACAGUUCGAGAACUUUGCCACGCAAUACGGAUUUGACCACACUACCAGUUCUCCUGAAUACCCGCAAAGCAACGGAAAAGUCAAGAACACUGUCAAGAUUGCCAAGCUUCUGAUCAACAAGACCCAACACACCCUAGGUGACUUUUACUUAAACCUACUCAACUGGCGCAACACACCAACCGAGGGACUAAACAGUUCACCCGCACAGCAAUUCCUUGGCCGGCGCACUAAGACUGACAUCUCUGUAGCCAGCAAACUACUGCAACCAAAAAUCAUACGGGAUGUUGCCUUCAAGAAAACCAAGAAACAGGCGAAGCAGUCAUUCUACUACAACCGAAAUGCCGCACCACUCCCUCCUCUGAGUGAAGGAGAAACGGUGCAAUUUCAACAAAAACGCAACAGCAAAGUGUGGCAGAAAGUACAAGUCCAGAAACAAGUUGGCAUGCGGUCAUAUCAGAUCAUCACUGAAGAUGGUUGCGAGUAUCGACGCAACUGA